AUGGCUCCAAGUGCAACAACCAAUUCUUACGGUGACACCGCUCACGAGAAAGCUUCUGGCUUCAUUGCCUACGCGCGUAACUCAGUUGAUCGUGUUGUGCCGCCCAGUUCGCGACAGCAAGCUUACGACAAUGCUAUUUCCUUCGCCUCUUCACGACCUGUUCUCUUUUCUUUCAUCGUAUCACAACUUCUCCUCUGCCUCCUCCCUCUUCUGAUCUUUCUCACCUUCUCUCUCUCCACCAUCGUCUUCGUCCUUGGCGUAGCUGCUGUGUUUGCCCUCUUCUGGAUCGGCGUCGCCCUUCUGAUUCUCGUGCCCGCACUGGUCCUUACUUCGUCCAUUGCUGUCCUCGUCUGGGGCUGGGCCGUCGGUAGCUUCGUUAUUGCGAGAUGGUUGUACAUGCACUCACCGGUCGGUGUGCAGAACGGGGAGGUUGUGAAGAAAGAGAACGGCAAUUAG